AUGACGAAAGCAGCUGCUGGGCUAAAGUUGAGCAACAGCCCGGGCACGGCGGUGCAGAACACGCUUCGCGCCCUGCAAUGCCGGGACGCUGACAAAUUAUACCAGCGUGAAGAAUUGGAGCGUCGGGCAGGCAUAGAUCGCGAGCACGUGUACCAGUCCCGCAAGAUUGCCAAUAAGCUCGACUUGAACAAAGUGAUUUCUGAUAUCAGCAAGCCGUGCUGGAAGAGAGACUCAGAGCACACGUGCCUGGAUGCAUUCAGGCAUCAUCCUGAAGCAGUGCCGCGAUGGCGGCAGAUGUGGCAUAGUCUACCCAAACACGACCGGGCGCAGCGUCUAGCCGCUGAGUACGCACAAGCAUUUGAGGCACACACGGCUAGACGCAUGGGCGACUCCACGUGCUUCCAAAUGCAGUACCGCAUCUUCGGCCGCAAGGUAUGUAGAGACGCAUUCAUCGCUCUGACUGGCAUGCACGCGUGCACGUUGCAAGACGCCCGUAACCUUGCAGCCAAGGAUCAGUGCGUGAAGGACUUGCUGUUGCGAAAACUUGGGCAGCAUUAUGAGUUCCAAGCUGCGCAGAGGAUGGCAAUGAAUCAACUGUUUGCAGAAAGCGAGCGGCACCCCGAAGAGCUAGUGACAGUUGGUUGGGACAAGAUGGAUCAGGCUAAAACUAUUCUGCCGAGGGUGAAAGCGCUGUCCAACACGCAGUUCCAGAAGGGCGGGUCCAGGUUGAUCGCGCAUCUCAUUGGGGUGCUCAGCCCUACCCUGUGGGACAAUCCUGUAUUCUAUACUGUGUUUGAAAACCAAGUCCAGGGUGGUCAACCGCUCGAGGAGAAGAUCAACCUCGUGCGCAAGAACGCGAAGCGCGGCAUGGGCCAGGCCUCGCAGUUGGUGAAGGGCGUGGAUACUGAUGCACUGGACAAGGCUAUUGCGGCUGCCUUCCCUGGAUCAUCCGCAGGUGGCUGGCUUUCCAUAAAUGCGAUGUCUUAA